AUCUUUCAUACCUUUGUGAUCUUCAACAGAGUAAAAUUGGCGUAACACCUACAAACGUACAAAGGAAGCCUUCCCAAUUCCGACGCCGCGCGGUACAUACAAUCUUCAGCAGACGACACUGCUCGUACACCCAUUCGACAUUUACUAAACAGCGCCCUCGUCAAAUUCUGCUUGCUGUAGUUGUGUUGAUAUCAAACGUGCAUUUGGCUCUAUAACUUAAUGAGGUAAAUUUGAGGAUUUAUACGUUUCACGUGGGGCAUGUUAAAGAUAUAUAGUCCCUGUGAUGAUUAGUCAUACUGAUGAACGUUCUAUUAUUACUUACACCAGUGAAUUAUACCAGUUUCAAAACUUGGCCGAAUUUGUCAUCGAAUACAUGUUCAAAUUACAAAAAGUCCCACAGGAUGUCCGCCAUUUUUAACUUCCACGUCUCCGCUGCUGAACUCGGACACAGUAUGGGACAAAUUAAUGUGAAUUAUCUUUGAAAAUGGACGACGAAGAAAGAAAAAAGAAACUGCAGGCUGGGCGUGAAAGGUUGGCCAGAUUCCAAAAGAAAAAAGGGAGUCCCGACAAACGGCGGAAGAAAAAAGCAAAGACGACAGACCCACCGACAUCUGCUGCUGAAGGAGCCAAUGGAAAUGGAGGCAGCAAAGGGGCGCAACCCACCAUCCACCUCAGUGACGAUUCUCUUGAUACAGCUGACUCCAGUGUGGCAUCGAGCGACGUCUUGGGAACCCACUCUGAUCUGAUGUCACCCAUAUCGUUUGAGAGUGAUCAGAGAUCCGUGGGCACAGAUGAUCUUUGUGAGGAUUCAGACGGCGGUCAGCUAGAUGCUGAGGUGGCCCGCAUCGAGCUACGAGAGGCCCGUUCCCGUAUCCACCAGCUGGAGGAGAACCUGUACGGCAAGCAGGCCGCCCUGGAGCAGGUGCAGCGGGAGAUGGAGGAGCUGCGAGCUGGUGCUGCAGCUGCUGCGCUGACCAGCAGUAAUGGUCCCAGCAGCAACGGCAGUGGCAAAGCUGAGAGCUUAGAGUCUGCCGCUAAGGAGGCUGAAUACAGAGCAGCGUUUGAGCAGUACAAUCUUAAGAUCCAGGAAUUCCAGCAGGCGCUGCAGCAGCGUGAUGAUGUGAUCCGACACCUGUCCACCAACUUGCAGGGCGCCCUCGCCAGUCGGGAUGACAUCCAGAGGGAGACGUCUGCGCAGACAGAGGAGCUAGCACGCCAGAUACGAACCCUCCAGUCUCAACUUCAGGAGGCUGGGGAUUCACUGAAGGAGCAAAACGGUGGCCACGGCAGUCUAGCUGAGGAGCUAAUCCAUACCCAGGAGCAGGUGACGGCCCUGAAGCAGACAGUGAGUGACAAGGAAGCUGCCAUGCAGACCCUUGCCCAGCGCUAUGCCCAGAAGUCCAAGGAGCUGGUGGAGGCCGUUGAGGAGAAGGAAGACCUCCGCAGGCACUCGGCCGAGGAGAUCGUCUCCUUGCAGCAGCAGCUGAAGGAGCAAGGUGGAAACCUGAGCCCCGAGUCCCGGGAGCAGUCCCUGGCCCAGCUUCAGGCCGAGCUGGACGAGAGCUUUGGCAACCAGAUUGUCAUGAUCAAGGAGCAACUGCAGGAACGCCACGAGCAGGAGAAGGACCUCCUGCUGCAGAAGUGCAGCGAGCUGGAGAGGACCCUGGACACCCAUGCCAAGAACAACAAGCUUUGUGAGGACCUGGAGCAUCAGAUCGCUGAUCUCAAAGACCAGCUGGGGAAGAAAGACUGUGAGAGUCUCUGUGGACAGGAGGAGAUUGCCAACCUGAAACAGGAACUGGCUGAGAUGGUCGAGGCUUACAAAAACCAGACCGAGAAACUAUACACAACUCAGAUGAUCCUGGAUGAGGAAUGCUCUAAGAAGGAAAAUUUGAGUGCCCAACUGGACGAAUCCAAUCAAGAUCUCUUGCGCUUCCAGGAAUCCCAGAACGAUGAAUUAAAUGACUUAAAGAGAUCUCUACAGCAGCAUAUUGCUGAAGCUGACAGGCUUGCCGCAAUCAAUAUCGACUAUGAGGACCAGAUUGCUAAGCUAAAGGCAGACCACGAAGAGGUUGUUGCUGAGUUGAACACAAAAUUAGAAACAACCCUUGAUGAGAACAACUCCCUAAAAGAUGAUCAUAUGAAGGAAGUGGAAUCCUUGAAGGCUGAGUUAGAGAACUUCCAAGAGAAGAGCGGUGAUGCACCUGUCAAUCUCGAGGAGCUGAAGAGAACAAUCAAAGGAGACCUGAGUUUGGACUAUGAGGACAAAAUAGAAGACUUGAAAUACUCCCAUGAGGUUGACCUGAAGAGGCUGCAAAGUGAACUGAGAGUCGAGUAUCAGGAUGAGCUCAAAGACAUCCAGAAGAACUUGGAGGAGCAGUACUUGCAGAAGGUUGAGAGCAUCCGAUCUGAGAAGGACAGGGAGUUUGUUGCCGAGUUGCAGAAGGCCAGGCAGGAACUCCAGGAGAAGUACGAAGCCGAGCUGGCUGAGAAAGUUGAGGUUGAAAGAAAGAGACUCAAGCAGCUUGAGCUCCACCAGACAAGUCUGGAUGACACAGUUGACCAGGCCGAGCUGAUCACGAGGCUGCAGAAUGAGAACCAGGACCUGUCGGAAGCACGGGAUGCUCUCCUACAGCAAAUUGACUCUAGCCAUCACCAGCAGGAGGAGCUCCAAGAGGAACUCCUUAACGUCAUUAAUGAGAAGGAUAGGCUGAAUGAAGAAAACGAGAGACUGUUGCUAGAUUUAGAGACCUCUCAGAUCAGAUCCACAGCUGUUCAGGGUUUGGAGACACUCCACGAUCGUCUCCAAGAGCUAGAAGCAGAUCCUCUGUACCAGUCAGAACAUUCUGAGGAUGAGAAGUCCCAGCUGGCUGAUGAACUGGAAAAGCUGCGAGCCGAACUGGAAACUAGCAAGCAGGAUAAGGCUGCCUUCCAGGAACAAAUGAACAAACUCAACAAAGAAUACCGAGCCAAGGUGGAACAGCUUGGUGAGGAGAAAUAUAAAAUCACAAAUAUCCUGGAGGCAACGAGAGGUGAAUUGGAAAGCCAUAAAUCAGCUGCCGUACAAGGAGAUGAUGAUUUCUGGUCUACAGAGAGAGCCAGACUGCUACAGGAAAAGGAACAGCUUCAACAUUUAUUGGAGAAAAAUGAGAGAGAGUAUGAAGCCAAGAUCUGUUUUUUGGAAGACGAGAGGAAUAGUCGGGUUGAGAAGGUGGCUUUGUUAGAAGCAGAAAAGGAGGCACUCUUCGAUCAAGUCCGUUCACUUGAGAAGAACCAGGAUGAGUUAAAGCAAGAACUGGAUGAGGCAAUGACUCAUGUGAGAGAUCGACAAAAUGUUGUCUCAGAGUUAGAAGAGUUGAAACAAUCUGUGGAUGAGCUGAAGACGAGGCACUCAGAGGAAAUUCUCAGUGCUCAGAAGCAGCACAAGGAUGAUCUAGAACAAAUUCAGGAGUUGAACAAAAUUAUGAAUGAGCUGAAGAAUAUCAACGCCCAACUGAAAGCAGAGUCCAGCAUGUAUGAAAAUGCCAAGGGGCGAAUUGAAAGUCUCACUGAUGAACUCUCGGUGCUGAAGUCAGAGAAUGAGGAGCUGAGAACGGAGGUUGCAUCUCAGAUAUCCAAGAAUGCAGAAAUUGGGCAUGAUCUCGCCGUGAUGGGUGGCACCAGAGAAGACCAGGAUAGGCUGGAGAAGGAUUUGGCUGCUGCUAUAUCUGACAAAGAAGCUUUAAAAAGUGAAUUGGAGCAGCAGAGGGAAAAUUAUGAGCGGCAGGUGGCACUGCUGAAAAACAUCCAUCAUGAUGACGGCAACUCAGCCUCAGGCAGCAGUGGCAGGAAAUCGCCAGAAAUGACAGCUGCCGAGAAACAAAACGCCAUUCUGCGGGACUCGCUGGAACAAACGGCCGAGGACCGGGCCAGCGUGGCUUCCGAUCUGGUGCAAUUAAGGCACGAGUUUGAUCUCCUGCGGACAAGCAUCAACAUGAAAGAGGCGGAGAUUACGUCACUUCGGGAACAAUUGCAGAUAGCCGAGGAAGAGCGUAAGCACGGAGUGGCCGAGUGGCAGGAGGCAGAGCAGGAGUUGGGGGUCAUCAAAGCGCAGCUGGAACAGGAGAAGAAACAGCGCUGGCAGGUUGAGGAGAGGCUGCCACAGCUGCAGGCUAGGCUGGAGUCCCUGCAACAUCUUGAGACAGAGCUGACUCUGGAAAAUGAAGGUCUGAAGGAGGAACUCAGCGGCGUCAAGCGAGAGAGAGAUAUUGACACUGCCAAACAACACAAGAUAGAACAGCUGAAACAAGACUUGAGUGAAACUGCUGAGAUUUACCAAAAGGAAAAUGCCCUGCUGAAGGAUGCCUUGCAACAGGAGAAAGACACAGCUGCCACCUUGCUGAGGAAGAAAGAGGAAAAUUCUAACAAGAAACUUCUCGCCCUGACAGAAGAGGUAGACGAACUUAAGCAGAAAAUUGUACGCAAAGAGCAGACAGAACACGAGAUCUUGACAGAGAAAACUCGGCAGAUUGGCAUCCUCCAGGAGAGCAAUGCCAGAUUAGAGGCAGAGAAGGAAAACCUCCAAACAAAGCUUGAGGAUCUCGAGAAGAAGAUCAAGACAAAUGAAUCAGUCUCGGAAGAGGUCCAGGAUAUUUUUGGCCAGCAGUUGACGGAACUACAGGCUGAGCAAAAAUCACUGCAGGCCGAGCUUGAACAGCAGAGAGAAGAGCGGCUUAACCUGUCGGGCAUCCUGAAUGAUUCCAAUUCCCGAGGGGAGAGAUUGAGCCAGGAAAAGGAGCUGCUCCUCAAGAAGCUCGCCGAGAAGGAAGAAGUCCAGGAGAAGCUGAUGCAGGAAAGGUUGGCGCUGCAGAGGCGGAUUGAGGAGCAGCAGAAACUGGAAGCCCUUUUGGAGGAGAAGGACCACUUGGAGCAGGAGCUGUCCCGUCAGAAACGGUCACUAGAGUGCGACCUGCGGGACAUCGAGCAGCAGCUGCAGCAGCGGGAGCACCAGCUCUUGAGUGAGAAGGCCAGCCUUGAGGCCGAGCUGCGGCACAAGGACGUGGAGGCCCGGCGCUGGCAGACGGGCUUCCGGGAGCAGCGGCUGGAGUUCCAGCACCGUGAGUCCUUCCUGAAGAGGCGCUACGAGGACGAGAUGACCUCCUUCCGGGAGGAGGCAGAGAAGGACAAGCUGGCCCGGCUGCAGCGCAUGAGACUGGAGAAGGAUCGGCAGCAUGCCGACGCCGUGGCCAAAUUGAAACGGGAGUUGAGGGCGGAGUUUGAUGACCUGUCCAUGAGGUCCAAGGAGCAACACCUCCAUGAGAUUUCCCUCCUCAAGACCAGACACCAGUCUCAGCUGGAGGAACUGCGCAAGUUCUUCGAGGCCAAGCUGCAGGCGCUGCAAGAGGAGCUGGACAACGAACGUAGGCAGCAGCUGGGCACGGUGCGGGACGUCCAUGAACGCGAGCGACAGCGGGAGUUGAGUGAGAUGCGAGACCGGCAUGAGUGGGAGAUGGAGGCGCUGAGGGGAGAAUUGGACUCCAAGCACUACCGCAUCUUUGCCGAGAUGCGAGGCCAGUUGGAGCAGGCCUACAGGGAAGAGGUGGAGCAAGUCAGGAAGGAGGCAAAGAAUGAGCGAGAGUUGGAGCUGGCCGCCAUGCGUUUGUCCAUGGAGCAGAUGUAUGCCGGCCAGCUGGAUGUGGAGCGAGCCGAGAUGCACAGCCAGCAGGCCAGGGCAUUGGCCGAGCUGCGGCAGGCACUGAUGGUCGAGCACAGGGAGGAGAUGGAGUCGAUGGAGGAGAGGUGGUCGGCCAGGCUGGGUGCCUUGGAGAGACUGCUGGAAGAGGAGAAGACCAGCAGGCAAGAUGAGGUCAACAGCAAUUCGAAGGAGUUGCUCAGCCGACUGAAACGCCGCCUCAGCGAAGAACAUCAGGAGGUCAUAGAGAGCCUUGCCCACGAGUGGGACCAGAAGGUCCUGGAGCAACUGAGGCACCUCAGGGAGGAAAUGGAAGAGAAGUAUAAGGCGGAGCUGGAGGCGGAACGGGAGCUGCUUAGCCGGGGGCUAGAGGGAAAGGAAGAACUGGAGCGAGAGCACAGAGCGGACGUUGACCUGCUGAUGAAAGAGAGGGAGGCAUUGCUCAACCAGGCUGAAGAAAUGAGACAGAACCUGGAGAAGGUUCAUCAACAGGAGUUACAGGACAUCCACGCUAAGAUGCAGGCAGAGCAUGCACAGCUGGCCAAAAUGAGGGAAGAUUUGGAGGAGCAGCGUAGCCAUCUGGACUCUGUUACCUCCCUCAAGAAUGAACUCUCACUCCUGCAGACAGCUCAUGACCAGCUAAAGGAGAGUUACAAGGCACUGGAGGCCAGGCUAGGGGAAGGAGGGCUUGGAGACUUGAGUCUGGAUGAGAGAGAGAAGGCGCUGGGAGAGGAAGCUGUUGAAGCCUACAAGAAUGAGAUUAGGAAACUCCAAGAUGAGUUAACAAUGGCCAGGGCUAGGUUCCAAGAUGAGCACAGUCUGGAGCUGGAGAAGCUGCGGACAUACUUUGAGGAGCGGGUUGUGGAAAAUGAGAAGCGUUGGGCCCAGGAGAUGGCAGAUCUGAAAGAACAGUACGAAGAAGAACGUGAGCGCAGCUUGAAAGAGGAUGAAGGAGAGGAUGGCAGACCAAAACAACGGAGCUAUGCACAGACUAUGAUGAUGAUGACGCACCUGUCAGAUGUUGAGAGCUCUCCGCCCCAAUCUCCGGAGCGCUUCGCGGAGAUUGAGGCAGAGGUCAAGCAGCAGCUGAGGAGCGAGCUGAGGAGCAUCCUGGAGGAGGAGUAUCAAGCCAGGAUGGAUAACAUGAAGGAGGAGCUGCAACACGAGCACCAGAUGGAACUGGAGCGGAGGAAUCUCCAGUCAGAGCUGAAGCUGGAGGCUGAGUUGAAUGCUGCCAGGGAUGCUGUGUUCAUGAAACAUGCCUUGGAGCUUGAGAACCUCAAGCAAGGUCACCUGGAGGAGUUGGAAGCACUUCGACAGGAGCUCUCCGAGGAGAACACCAAGGCCACCACAAAGCUCCGGCUGGAGUGUGCUGUCGAGACGGCACGGCAGGUGGAAGAAGAAUCACAGCGGAUCAAGGAGGAGCUGAAGUUCACCCAUGAGGAGGAGCUGUCGCAGUUGAAGGAUGACCUGGAGCACAAGCAUGCCAUUGAGAUGGAUUCUGUUCAGAGUGAGCUGGAACUGCAGAAGGACAUUGAGGGGAAACGGGCCAAGGCAGAGGCCAAGGAAGAAUUUGACGGUCAGUUCAGGACUAUGCAGGCUGACCUAGAGCAGCAGGCGCAAGAAAAGAUAACUGAUGAGGUUGCCCGCAUCCUGGCCGAAGUCUCCAUGGAGAAAGCUCAGGAGAUGGAAGUGAUGCAGGUGGCCCUUGAUCAGCAGAAGGAGCAAAUCCAAGAAUUGGACAAAAGAAAGAAUGACCUUCAAGAACAGCUAGACAGUCGGUUGAGGGAAGAAGACAACCUUGGAGAAAAGUAUGCCAACGAGAUUGCCAACUUAAGACAGCAGCUGGCGGAUACAGAAGACACUCUCCAAGCUCUCCAGGAGGGAAUUGAGAGUGGGGAAGCACCAGAGGUUCAGGCCUUGAAGGAGAACCUGGUACGGCAGUAUGACAACCAGCUUGAGAUGAUCAAGGCAACGAUGACUGAGGAGAUCGAGUCUCUCACCAAAACCACCCAGCUUCAGUCUGCCAAGGAGCUGGAGGAGAUGCAGGUCAACUUCAUGAAGGAGCACCAGGCCUUGCUAGAUAAGUUUGUGGAGAGCCAGGAUGCCGACAUACUGGCCCUCAAACAGCAGCAUGAUAAAGAACUUCAGGAACAGCAUGAACGCUUGCAGAACAACUUUGAGCAGGAGUUGAUCGAUGCCCAAGAAGCUCUGCAAGAGGAACAAGCAAAGGAGCUGGAGGAGCUGCGAAAAACACUUGAUGAGGAACAUGCCAAAGAGAUCAGUGACUUAAAAUCACAGCACUUUGAGGAGCUGGAAGCCCUCAAAAUUGAACUUGCAGAAACUUUAAAUGAUGAAAAAGCAAAGUUGGAGGAGAAGAUGGAGAAGGAGCGAGCUCACAUCUUGAAUGCUGAGCAGCUCCUUGAAACUAUCAAAGCCAAGCAUGAGGAAGAGAAGGCGCAGGUCAAGGAAGACCUCGUCUCUGACCACAUGGCUAAGUUCCGGCAGGUCACGGACGAGCUUGAGUCCGAGCACCGCCAGGAGUUGGAGUCCAUGAAGGAGAUGCUCCGGACCUCCAUUGAAAACGAGUUCAGGGAGAAGAUUCGCAGCUUGGAGGAGGAAAUCCAAGGCCAGCAGGCAGGAACAGAGGCAGUGAGGGAAAAGCAUGAGACGGAACUGAUGGAGCUGAAGCAGAACCACGAAGAGCAGUUGGCUAAGCUACGAACAAACCACGAAGACCAGCUGGAGGCCAUAGCCACGGAUUCUGAACGUGAGAUUGAAGCUGCCAAGUCAGAGCUGGAGGAGGCCCAUCGGAAGGAGGUGCUCCGUCUCCAGAGUGAGCUUGGGGAUGAGAAGCAGGCAGCUGUCCUCACUCUCAAAGAAGUCCAUGAGAGCGAGAUCGGGAGGCUUCAGGAGGAGCAUCGGCAGGAGAUGGAAGCCUUGAAGGAGGAGCAGGAGGGAAGAGUCAAGGAGGCAGUGGAGGAACUGAUGAAGAAGCACCAGGAGGAGAUUGAGAAGGCUCUUGAGGAACUGCAAGAGCAGUUGAUGCAUCAAGCUGAGCAGGAAAAAGGUGAGCUGGAUCAGAUAAUGAAAGAGAAAGAAGAACAACAGAGGGAGGAGGUAGGAAAGCUUCAAGAGCUCUCAAAUCAGUUACAGCAAGAGAACAUGGCACUGCUGCAGCAGAUUGCGCAGUUUGACACGGUGAUCAGCCGGCGGGAACGUGAAAACGAGGAAGGUGGGAAUUUGCUGAGCAUGAUGCAAGCCGAUGUGGAGCGACUGAACAACGAACGGGCCUCUGUGCAAGAAGCUAAUAAUCACCUGCUCUUGGUGCUCACCACGGCGGUCCGAGCUACCAUGGCGACAGAGGAAACCAUCAACAGGCAGAUGGCCAAGCUGGCGGCUGCUACCACUCGGUCAGCGGGGGAAGGCAGAUCGGACAGCAGGGAGGGGGAAGGGAGAACAGAGGCUGAAGGGGAGGCGGCGGAGGGCGGGGCCAGCCCGCAACAAGGGGGAGCCGAGCCCGCUGCCAGGGAUCAGCAACCCCACGACGAACCCCCUGACGCUCUGCACGACACCAGUGUGGCAUCGUUUUUCAGUGAUGAGGGCUUGGAGCUGUCCCAGCAGCUCAUGGAGAGCAUGUUCAACGGGCCAGAUCUGGACGCGGAGGGGGAGGAGCUUGUGACUGGUGCCAACACCCGUCUUCAGAACUCUGUAGAGCGGCUCUUGGAGAUGGUCUCGGCCACGACCGACCAGAUCCAGCGUGCCCGCAGCUCCCAGGCUGAGCUCUUAAAUGCCACCGAGUCCAGCAUGGAGGAGGUAAACCAGCUGCGAGCUGACCGGGACAGCUUGAUGGCUCAGCUGCAGGAGGUGUCCGAGAAGUGCGAGAAGCUGGGAGUGGAACUACACAGGACUGGAGGGCUUAUGGAUGGUCUGGCUGCCGAAAAGCAAGAACUGGAGGAAACAAACACCAAACUGGAAGCGGACAAACACAACAUGGCUGUAGAGCUUGAGGGGCUGCGAGAGAGGCUGCGCAGCAUGGAGCACGCUCAGACCUCGCUGCAGCAGGAGAGGGAACGUGUGGAGGAACAGAAGGCGGCGUUUGAGCAGCGGCUUGGACAAGAGGACUUAGACCCAAGAGGCAUCCUCCAGGAGAACCUCCGCCUGCGGGAGGAAGCGGAGACCGCCCUCCUAGAGCGCCAGGACGCUGAGCGGCAGGCGGCCAAGGACAAGGCGGACCUCCAGGACCAACUGCACCACCUGGAGGCGGCGCUGGAAGAGCAGAUCGCCCGGGGAGACACCCUGGCCGAGAAGAGGAAGAAGGAGACGGAGGAGCUGAGGCGAGAACUGGAGGCUCUGGAGAAACAGCUCAAGAAGAACAAGCAAUUCCUAGAGCAACAAACUAUAGAACGAGAACAGGAGCGAGAAGAAUUUCAGCGUGAGAUAGUCCGACUGGAAGCAGACCAGAGAUCAAGAGACAGGUUGCCAUCAAACAUUGAUGAGAUCUUCAGAAAAGAGGCCCAAGAGCUUCGCGAGGAGCUGCGAGAGAAAUCAGACCUGGUCAGCCAGGCCCAAGUGAAGGCACAACAGCUGGAGCGCGACCUGCAAUUCUCGGAGGAGACGACCCGGGAGCUGAGCAGCCAGCUGAAGGAGGUAGAGCGUCACCUGGAUGAGGCUGUCCAAUCACGGCAGCAACUGGAGACUAAGACGGACGAGCUGGAGCGCGACCUGGGUGAACAGCGCCACCUAGAGGCAGAGAUCAUGCACGAGAAGGAGGCACUGCAGAAACAGCUCUACGACCAGCUGAUACAGAUUUCAGCGUUGCAGUCCAAGCUGGACGCCCUGAAGCAUGGGGCAGAUGGUGCGGAUGGCACGGCCAGCUCAGACUCGGGUGAAGUGGUCGGCACCGAAGGCUCGCUGCUGAAGCAACUGGAAGAAGACAAGGAGGCGCUGGAGAGGAAAGACAAAGAGAUCGAGAAUCUGGUGGAGCAGUUGGAGCAGUUCAGAGAGGAUAUCCUCAACAAGGAUGAGGAGAUAGCGCAGCUGAACAUGCAGAUUGAGGUAGGCACCAGGGAGCAGGACUCGGGACGGGAGGACCUGGAAGGAAAGCUGGCUAAGGCGUUGGAGGAAGUACGACAGCUGGAGGAUCAAGUGACGCUGUCCAGUCAAGACAUGGCGGCCUCCAUGCCCCGCUUUGCCCAGGAACUCCUUGAAGAGAAGAACCAGGAGAUUGACCACCUCAACGAGCAGCUGGCCCAGGUUAUGCAAGACCUGGACGAGGCCCAGACAAAGACUGAGCGCCCUCCAGAGCCAGCCUUGGGCCAGUCACAGCGCCCUCCAGAGGCAACUGAUGUGAAGGAGUUGGAGAAAGAAGUAGAGAAGUUGCAGGGAGAGUUGGACAACAAGCUAAAAACCAAAGAAAGAGAGAUAGCCACCUUGAGGCAGUCGCUGGACCAGGAGAGGUCGAGGGAUGUACUGUCACAUCCCAAGGUGGAAGAAAAACUCAAGACCUUGCAGAAACACAGCAUUGCAUUAGAGACUCGACAUGAACAAGAGAUGUUGUCUUUGAAGCAGACGUUGGUGGCCCGUCAGAGAGAGGUGGAUCACCUGGAGGGACUCUUGGUCCGGCUCCAAGAGCAAUCUCCCAGAGGGAGUGAUACCAAGACCUAUAAGAGCCAGAUCAAGGCCCUUAAUCAGGAAGUGCAGGAAAAAGAGGCAGAGAUCACCCAACUCCGCCUCCAAGUGGAUAAUCUGGAGGAGCAACUUUUCCAGCUACGGCAACAGCAGCAGCGAGAGUUGGACGAGGAACCUCCUCACCAGCAACAACAGCAGCAGCAGCAGCUGUCCCCCCACGGACCAGCUGACACUAGCUGGCAGCGCCUGCAGCAUGACCACGAGCUGCGCAUCGUCGAGCUGCAGCGCAAGCAUGCCGAGGCACUGGAGGCACUCAAGCAGCGUCACGAGGCGGAGAUGAACCAGCUACGGGAGGCUCAAGCCUCGGACGUGGAGAGACUGAAGGAACUGGAGAUGGAUUAUGACCGGAAGAUGGCCAGUCUACAGGGACUGUCACCGGGCAAGACCCUGGAGCAGAAACUGCGCGAGAUCCGUUCGGAGCUGACACGCCAACACCAGGAGCACGUGGCCGACAUCCAGCGCACCAUGGAACGCGAGACACAGGUCCUGAUGGACCAGCUGCGGGCAGAGUACGCCCAGCACUCCCGGGCCCGGGAGGAGCGGCACCGACAUGAGAUGGAGGAGGCGGUGCUGCGCGUCAACCGUGACCAGAUGGCAGCGCACGCCGAGGAGGUUGCCAAGAUACAGGAGGAGCACGGGAGGCAGCUGGAGAGGAUACUGGCGGCCACGCCCGUCAACGCCAGCCCCAUGAGCAGUGUCAUCGCAGACACAGCCAACAGACUGACCCAAGAGCUGCAAGCCACAGAGAGGCUGGAUUCGAGACUAGUAGGCCAGCUCAAGACCAGGCAGGCCGGGGUGGGCAAGGAACGAGGGCCAACAGAGGGCGCUGCUCACAACGGAGAGGGACUCGUUAAUGGCGGGGACAUCCCACAGAGGUUACAGGCUGUCCUGAACAGACUUCACAACGAGGGACUACAGGUUCUCAGUCUCUCUGAUCUGAGGUACCUACGCCAGCAGACGUCCCCGCGCCCCAUGGUCCAGGAUGGGACGGACAUCCUCACUCUGCAGGAUGCCUGGGAGAAUGAGAAGCAGGCCUUGCUGGAUGCCAUACAGGCCCUGAAGGACCUCAUCAGCCAGGCUACCAAGGCUCAUUGGACGCAGACGUCUUCAGAGUCUGACUGGCGAGGCCGUGUUCUCCGAGCCAUCCAGUCAGUCUUUGAUCAGGAGAGGGACGCCCUGUUGGCAGAGCUGAGGACUCAUGUCACCUCCAGCGGGGACCGUGACUUGUCUGAGGUUCAGCGGCUUGAGAGGAAAAUUCGAGAACAGGAGGCGCACCACAAGUCGGCCCUGGAGCAGAUCUACAGUGCCGACCGCUCCUCCCUUCUGGCUGAGAUCGAGGACGUGAGGGCGCACUCCAAGAUGCUGGCCGGGGAGCUGCAGGAACAACGAGCUAAGCUGACCUCGCAGCUGAACAGUGUGGAGGAGCAUGGCACCAGUCGCGAGAGACAGCUCAAGAGGCAACUUGAAAUGAUGGAGCAUAAGUACCGGCAGGAGAGGAUUCUUGUGGAGGACCUGCAGACAUCUCUGAUUGUGGAGAAGGAGAAGGUGGCUCAGCUAGCUGACGCCUUGAACAAAGAGAAGAAUCAGGUCCUGGAACUGCAGAACGAGCUGUCGGAGCUGCAGAUCAAGCUGGAUCGGCUGACCGGUAGCAAGGAGAGGAUAGAAGCCAAGCUGGCCGAAGUCACCGGCAUAGCGGAGGGAGUUUUAGCCCAGUUAGAGUCAGAGAAGUCCCACUCGCGGAGUCUGCAGGAGGCCCUGGAUUCGGAGCAGCAGAGCGUUCACAACCUCCAGCAGACGCUCGAGAGCGAAAGCAGCCGUACGGCCAAGGCCCGGCAGAGAGAGCAGGACUCGGUCAAGGAGCUGAGGAAAGCCCUGGAGAGCGAACGCAACAAGCUGGUGGAGACCCACAAGGACCUGGAGAAGGCCAAGAUCAGAGCCGAAGGGCUGAAGAGAGACUUGGAGGCAGAGAAAUCCAGGUCGCUAACCCUUGCAGACACGGAGCGUGCCAAGAUGUCCGACCUGAAGACGGCACUAGAUGUUGAGAAAACCAGAAGUCAGGAACUGCACGCAGCUCUGCACCGGGAGCAAGCCUUGAACACCCAGCUGCAUGAGUCAUUGGACCAAGAGCGUAGCGCCUACGCCGAAAACUCCCACUACGAGAAGUCCACUAUUGGUGAGCUGCAGACAGUCUUGGACAACGAGAAGUCGCGCAACCUGGACCUGCGGACCCGAGCCAACCAACUGGAGAAUGAGGUGGAAGCGCUUCAGAACAUGAACGACCGGGAAAAGAGCCGGAGCUUAGAGGCUUUGGAGGAGGAGAGGGCCGUAUGCCGGCAGCUGAAGGCCACCAUUGAUAGCUUACAGGUACAGCAAGAUGACCUGAAUCGCAAACUUGUUGCUGAGCAGGAACGAGUUGCCAUGACUCAGCAGGAAUGCGAUCGACUGAAGAGCGCCCUCUUGAGCCAGAAAGAGGAAGGCCGCGAGAAGGACAUUAUCCGGGAGAAGGAAAGGCAGAUUGAACGACAGCGACACAGGGAGAGGGAAAGGGAGAGAGAGCUGGAGAGGCAGAGACAGAGUGACUUCCAGUUGGAGCGGGAACUGGACAGGCAGAAGAUCCAGUCUUUAGAGCAUGAGCUAGAGGAGAACAAGACAGCCCACGAGACAACAUCCUCCGAGCUCAAGAAGCUCCGUGAUGCCCAGCGACACUUUAUCCCAAGGGUCACAGAGGAAGAUUUGCAACAGGCCCAUGAGGAGCAGGAGUUGUCGCGAGGCAGUCAGCAUCGCAGUCCCCGCCCUACCCCCUUGGCGUCCCGUCUGCAGCUCUACAAGGCCCAGCUGGAGGCGGUCCGGCAGAGAUUGCAGCUCCUGGCCGUCCGCCAGCAGGAGGAGAUCGCCAAGCUGCUGCGGCUGGGCUUGGAGAGCGACCGGCAGGAGUUGGGCAACCUGCAGCGGGGGCUGACGGAGACGCUGUCGGAGCUCAAGCAACUCCACGCCUCUCUGGCGCUGCACUCAGAGUCUGUUCCGUCUAUUGUUACCCCAACGACAACCACCCGCCUGAACGACCGCCUGCUAUCCCAGAAUGCCGAGCUGAGCAACUUUGCCUCUCGGCUGAGCGAGGAGAAGACAGAGAUGCGGACGGCCCUGGCCAAGCUGGAGGAAGAGGUCUGGCGGUUUAGGCAGCGAGAGGCACAGCUAGACGAGGCGACUCGUCGUUCUUUAGACAACACCGACACAGCUUUGGCAGAGGAACGUGCCCUGUGGAGCAGGGAGAGACAAGCAGCCCAGAAUGCAUUGCAGAAGGCCGAGUCCCAGAUCGCCCACCUCAAAGCCCAGCUACAGCAUGAAGCCAAUAGGAGAGAUGCAGGAGGCCCUCUGUUGGCAGGAGCAGGAGAGGUCUCUGAGCACCAACAGCUGAAGUUGCAGAAGAUGUACGGCAAGUACCUGCGGGCAGAGAGCUUCCGCAAGGCCCUGGUGUACCAGAAGCGCUACCUCCUGCUCCUUCUAGGAGGUUUCCAAGACUGCGAGCAAGCGACGCUGCAACUCAUUGCCAAAAUGGGUGCCUACCCAGCCCCUGAAUCUCUGGAGAGGCAGUCCCGACACAGCAAGGCCUUCUCAAGAUUCAGAAGUGCCGUGCGAGUAGUCAUCGCCGUGUCCAGGUUGAAAUUCUUGGUCCGGAAAUGGCGACGGGCCACACGUGUUGGCACACCCUCCACCACCCCAUCCGUCCACCCAGAUGUCAUGUCCUCUCCACCCCCUCGGGGACUGUCGUCAGCCUCCAUCCCUAACAUCAGGGUUACUACCCCAGUCAGAAGCUCCCCACCCACGGGGAUGCAUCUCGUCAAUGGUGCGUCACCCCCUGUGCGGGACGUCAUCGGUCAGUCGGCGUUGCGGACAGUCUUUCCCAGUGGACACCACAGGGCCAGAUCCUCCAGCCCAGUUCUAUUCCACGGAGCCACCUCUCCGUCCCCACGCCCAGACGGCCGGCCCUUAGGGUACCACUCGGCCUCCCCUCUAGACAGACACUUCAGCAGAUCCCUGGAUAGACCCCUGGAUGCAUCGGGGAGCGGGGACCCCGAGGCCUCACUGACCAACUACAUCCAGAAGCUGGAGAGUCUUCAGCAGAGGCUGGGAGCUCACAUCUCGGGAGAGAGUAGAACGACCAGCUAUUCCACGUUCUCCAAGAGGUAGUAAUGGCCUCAUGCCGUCAACAGCUCUCAUUUCCUUGCCUGCUCUGUUCUUCACCGAUUCAAAAACAUACAACUCGAUUUGUAAUGAAAUAUGAAAUCAGGAAUUUUUUAGUGGUUUAAUAAUAUUUAUGUUGUUGAAAAACUUGCAAGUCGAAUCUGUCUUGUGUGAGCCAUUUUUAACUCGCCAAGACAAACUGGUGUUGAGUGUCUUCACAACAGUAGGCCAAUCACACAGUGGAAGCAAACUUAGAUGUUUUGCACCCUUUCAUUCGAUGGAGGGUUGUGGUUUCGUAAAGUCAUAUUUAAGUGUGCUAAGUUGGAUAACAUUUUGAUUUUCAUUGCUCUACAUUAAAGCAGUUGCGUUUAUUAUUAAAAAGCAAUAAAUGGGCUCAUGCGUUGCUUCAAGAAGAUGGUUUCAGUCAAGAACCAUUUACAUAAAGCACAGAACUGGAAAAUAGAGGCAUAUUUGCAGAAAACAAGUCGAUUCUUACAAGAAAAAGUAGAUACAAACUAAGCCAAGUUGUUCAGUUGGGCAUGAACUGAUUGAAAUUUUCGUGUGAUUUCGCCGCCACCGUUUUUUAAAGUGGAUUUUUUAAAAGCAAGUUAAAACUGACAGUGCGUUCUGUCUUGUUUUUAACGCAUACUUUUUUCAGUUCAUUUUAAAGUGAUAUUUGGAGCAAUUAUUGACUCAAGAUUUUCUUGGUAAUAGUUGUUCCUGGAUUUGUGUGAGCUUCUUGGUAUCAUUGGUAAUUUUUCUAUCUGCCAAUAUCUCUCUGAGGAUACUUUGAAUACUCCGGGGGGGGGGAAUGUAGUCAUAAGAUCCUUUUAAAAUUCUUUCUUGUGUGUAUAGUCAAAAACGUCUAUUUCUGAAAGUGGCUGUAAAUUUUAGCUUGCCUGUAAAAAGUACAACGGAACCAAUGAUAAAAAAGUUUGAAAGUGUGUCGAAAAUUGCAUAUAGAAAUGUAGCAUGUGCAUCAACUCAGUAUUCCAAGUACAUGUAGUGUAUGUUGGUGCUAUUUUAGCCGGGGUUUAUGUUCUCGGUGCCAGCGAAAAAGUAGCCUUGGUAAGGACACUUGACAAUUAUGCAAGAACACUCGGCAAACAUUCCAGAUUGAAAUGAAAUGUUUUAUAUGACGGCACAAAGUGAGUAUUUGUACCAUUUGUAUAAUUGAAAAAAAAAAAGAUUAAAGUGCUCGUGUAAUCUGAAAAGGUGGCUGGAAUCUAUGCAUGGCACACUACUACAAACAAAUGCUAUCUUUGAGAGAAGUUAUCAAUGGCCAACCUCCUAUGUUGCUGUGGUAAAUGUAACUCCUACUAUUAAAAGCAAAGUCUUUACAAGAAAAGCCAAGCCUUUGAUGGGAAGGUGUCCUCUUCUUAAAACUGGCCAAUUUCAUUGACAUCUGAGACUGUUGCGCCAUUGUCCCAAUGCACCUGUGAAUGUGCAGUGUGCACACACAGAAUCAUUGGGAGUCACUGUUAAAAUGUCAAUCUGUAAAAGGCUUGAAAAGAUGUCAUUCAGGGCCAGCUCUAAGUAUCAUUGGUGGGUGCAAGGGAGAUUGGCUUAUUUUAAUACUGAUUUUCUUUCUUUGAUCAUACCAUACCAGAAUUGUACACUUGCUCAUCUUGCAUAAAAUGCAUAACAAUUUGUAGUACAUGUACAAUGUAAAGGCUGGCUUAAAUGAUUCAUGCUUUCAGUUAAGGAUCCCAGUAAGAAAUUAACCAUAAAUAGCACGGAUUUGAACAUUGUAUUUAUGUACAUAAAUAUUGCAAGUCAUUUUGAAAUUUCGAAAUUUAUACUUGUUUGUUGUGUUGGUUUAAGUUGUACUGACCUGAAAGGGUUUUUCAGUAUCUUUUAAUCAUUUGAAUGUGAAUAGACAAUAAUAAAGAUUUUUGACAAAAUUGA